GCUGAGGUAAAUAAACUGGAGGAUAAACAUGGCGGUUAACGUCUUAGCUACCACAUUUCUAGGGUUGGAAUUUUUGUUAUUUCUGAUUUCUUUCUCGUCGGCAUCACCAAAAAGUAAGUAAAAUCGAAUUAUUGAAACAAUUUAAUGUUUGAAUAAUACAAAUUAUAUAAUGGUUGAGCUUUCAGUAUGAAUUUUGAGAAUAUACCUCGGUUUCAACUCUGUCCUGUCCAGUCUUUCCCAUGGUUGCGUUAAGUCGCGAUUACUAGCUUUUUUCGCGACUUUCCUUAUUACCACUUUUCUGUAGUUUUAUGCAAUAUUAGGAGGUAUUUUGUGGUUUUUAUGGAUACAUUUGAAAACAAAUAAGACUAUCUUAAUUCUCAAGGGCAUUUUAAUGUCAGUUUUAAAAAAUAAAAUUUUUCCUUUUUAUUUUUAGUAUUUAAAUUAAAUUUAAAUAAGUCUAGCUAGCAGGGUGAAGCAAAAUACAAGCAUUAAAAUUUAAAAAAAACUUAUUUAGGUCCUAUUUAAUCAGGAGUAAUACUAUUAGUAAUAGUCUAAGCAAAGUAAGUCCAAAGUUAUAUUAUAGUGACUAGGCUAGUGUAGUGUAAUUUACUACUUUAUUUAAUUCACUAGUCAGACUAGUCAGUUAUUAUUGUAGUUCUCUAAGUUGGGCCUAUCCUAUAAUGCCUAUAUCCUUGUGAUGUGAUAUGGCAUGGUGAAUAAUAUGAAUAUGAUAAUCAAUAUGGCUGUCUUAUUAUUACUAUUAUUAACUAUUAUAUAAAAUAUCGCAGUGGUACCUCGGUAUACGUCCUUUAUCUGUUCCAGAUCCUUGGACUUAUACCAAACUGGACAUAUAUCAAACAUAUUUUUCCCAUAAUGCCAUAAGAAAUAAAUGGAAAAUGAUAAAUCCGUUCCCAUGGAAAAAAAUCAUAUUAUUAUUGGCAUAUUAUAGAUUUAUUGACGUGGUUGUAUAAAUUAGGGGUGUGCCGGAUCCGUUUUUUCCAACCGGAUCCGGAUUUUCUUAUGCGAAAUCCGCCGGAUCCGGAUUCCGGUUUGUCCCGGAUUCCGGAUUUUGGUACUAUUGGUAGAUACUUCGGUAAGUCAAGGUAGACUACUACUUUUUGUGUAUGGGAAUUCGCAAUCGGCGCCAAAAAAUCAGAGUUUUUAAUUUUCCGAUGUGUGUGUCUAUUUAUUAUUAAAUUAGUACUUUCGAUAUAUAUUUGAGUUCCGUUCCAUUUGGAUAAGUGUCUUACGAGAGACGCCAUGUUUCUACGCGUUCGCCAUGGGGUUGGCCACGCCCCCUUUUUAAUGGCGGAAGUUGCCGAUACUUAGGAAAUAUUAAUUUAUUAUCACUAUUUACAUCAAAAUAAUUGAUAACUUGUGUUUCAGAAUGCAUUUUAAAGACAUUUAAACUGGAAUGUUUUAAUUUGAGCUUUAACAACCCGGUAGAAUCCAUAUUAUAAAUGAUCAGAAUUUACCGUGUGCAACACGUUGUCAUUGGCAACCAUUCACAGCCACUUGCAUAACUGUAUCGUAGUACUACCUCAGAGUUUCAUUCAUAAGAGUUUGCCGUGUGCAAAAACUAUUAAACCAUUGGUCAGGGAAAGCUUUAAUUAAUUAUUCAUGUGCCAAAGUUGAAAGUUUAAACUAAGUCUAAACAGUAUUUUAGUGAUAAGGCAGGGAAUGCGUUGCCUUAUAUAAACUAUAUAGUCAUUGCGCAUGACGGGAUUGGCGGAAUGAGAUCACAGAAUGUGGAGAUGCAGUCCAUGUUAAAAAAUGACAAACCAAGUCGUACUUUAAAAAUUCAUAACUUUAAAACUACAACAGCUAAAAAUAUGAUUUUGGUGUUAUAAUUCUUUAAAAAAUUACAUCUUUUCAACUAUGCCAUUGGUUUAUUUUUACAAAAAGUUUAAAUUUUCUUAUCAAAGUCCCUACACUAUUGGCCACUAUUAGCGGUGCUGACUCUAGCCUCUGGUAUGUUCGGAAUAUUAAACAUUAAACAAGCUCAACGCUCGAAACAAUCGAUUAAUGUAUCGUGAUCGUGUGGAAUUCGGGAAAGAGAAUUACUUUUAUUUCAGAUUAUGAUCCGGUGAAUCACAAAAUCUGGCAAAUUCCGAAAUCCGGUAUAUUCCGGAUUCCGGUUGUUCCUGAUACAUGUAAAUCCGGCGGAACCGGAUUUCACCGGAUAGUGCAAAAUCCGGUGGAACCGGAUUCCGGACCGGAUUCCGGCACACCCCUAGUAUAAAUUAAUUAAUUUAACACUGCUUAAUACUAAAAUAAAUAAAUAAAUAAGAACUUAGGUGAAAUAAAUUAAAAUUUAACCUCACUUUACCUUGGUGAGAAAAGUCAAGUGCUUACUAAUAUUAAAAUGGUGCUGAGGAGGAGGAGAUAUUAUUGUUUUGAAGGAGAGUCCACUUCCAAUAAAACUUCAGGAAUAUGACAUUCUGUUGUUUUUUAUUUUUUCUGUCUCUUUUCCCUAGAGUACUCGGGUUGAGGCUCACCAGAUUUGACUUUUACUAAAAAUCUGUCUAAAGAGCUUUGCUUUUGCCUUCUCCUCAGGAUGUUUUGAAAAUGUGACAUUGUCUGGCCAUUCCCGACAAUGCUAUUACAACUAGGGGUGUGCCGGAAUCAGGUCCGGAAUCCGGUUCCGCCGGAUUUUGCACUAUUUCCUAAGUAUCGGCAACUUCCGCCACUAAAAAGGGGGGCGUGGCCAACCCCAUGGCGAAAUUAGGUUGAGCGAGCUGCAUGACCUGCUGCGAACGCGUAGAAACAUGGCGUCUCUUGUAAGACACUUAUCCAAAUGGAACGGAACUCAAAUAUAUAUUGAAAGUACUAAUUUAAUAAUAAAUAGACACACACAUCGGAAAAUUAAAAACUCGGAUUUUUUAGCGCCGAUUGCGAAUUCCCAUACACAAAAAGUAGUAGUCUACCUUGACUUACCUAAGUAUCUACCAAUAGUACCAAAAUCCGGAAUCCGAAUCCGGAUCCGGCGGAUUUCGCAUAAGAAAAUCCGGAUCCGGUUGGAAAAAAUGGAUCCGGCACACCCCUAAUUACAACUUGUUUGGGCUUUGUUGGGGGUGGUACUUCUCUGCAAAGUUUUUGACAUCCAUCCCAUUAGCAAAGAUUUCCUUGAUUAAUGAAGUAGGAGCUUCCUCUAUCUGUACCUCCUCAGAGCCUGAAGAGAGUGCAUCCAUCCUAGUCUUUGCGCAAUGUGUCAUUUUGACACAUACAAGUUCUAGCACACACGCAGGUCGUAUUCCAAACUAAGGUCUUAUACCAAUCAAAAUGUUUCUCGUCCAAACAGGGCGUAUACCAGGUAGGACGUAUACCAAGUUGGACUUAUUCGAAAGCAUACGUAUAGUGAGGUACCACUGUAUAUAGACCAGAGAUGUAGCUAAGGGGGGAAAGAUGUCCCUAGGUGCUAGACUAUUUGGGCUGCCAAAAUGUGCUUUGAUAUUAUAUUGAUGAAAAUUUUGGGUUUGAGAGUUGACAAAAGAAAGGGGGGCUCUUUGAAAUGAAUCUUGUCUCAGGGCGCCAAACUCUACUUUAGCUAUGCCUCUUAUAUAGACUACUAAUGCUACUACUAAUGCUAAAGUAUAGCAGUAUAGGCCUAUCGUAAUCAUAUAUAUGAAUAAAAUGCCAUGCCUAUAAUAUUGCCUAAAUAUGUCUAGUCAAUGAUAAUAAUGAAGAUAAAAAUAAUAGUACAAGUAGGCAUAUAUGUAGGAAUAAUGGACAGAAAGAAAAUCUGCCCCAGGAAGCAGGAUUUUCAGUUCACUUCACAUAGCUUAUUUAUAUGUUUAUUCUGAAGGGGGAGCUGAACCAAGGAUCACACAGACAUCACAACCCCCUGAUAGUAGUAUGGCCCAAAUUAGACACAUUUUUAUUUAGCCCUACAGAGUGUAUCUACUAGCAUAUAUUUUAUAGAUAUUAACAUUUUCAUCUAAGGUCACUUGUCAUUGAAAUGUGUUUUUCUUUUUGCUCAUGAAUUUCAUAACCAGCUAUCGUUAUCACAUUUGGAUUUUAUGUCUCUUAUGGUGUAGUUACUACCCAAAUAACAAACACUGACAUUAAAAAAAUUAUUACAUUAUAAGAAACAAAAACAAACAAAAAACCACUAAUAGUUUGAACCACAUUAAAUUUCACCAAAAACUUUAUUUUGAUCAGUGAUAGACUGUGAUAAUGUGCUUUGAACGUCCGCUCAAUAUAAAUUAAUAUCAAUACACGUCUGCAAAACAAAGAUUUUAGGAGUUCGAAGGUAAACAAGUCUGCAAUAAACAAGAAAAUAUAGGUAUAAUAAUUUAAAAUUGAUAAGGGUAAAUUAAGGUUGCAUUACAGCCAGGAGGUUUCCGCUUGUAUGAAGAUCUCCUAGUAUUCUAACAAAAUAUUUAAAUUUGAAUUUUGUCAAAACGUUUUAUCAAGCAAGUUAAGUACCGUCGGCGGGCUGCAUCCGACUGGCGGGCCGGAUCCGACCACCGGGCCGUAGUUUGGUUACCCCUGACUUAGGGACUAAAUACUUUUUUGUUGUGGUUUUGGUUGAAAUAUUGGUGACGAAUGGGUGAAAAAGAAAAUUGGUUCAAACUUCCUCUAUACUUAGUAAUGUGUAUCUGUAUAUAAAAAGAUACAAUUUUUAAAAAAAAGUUCUGCAUAUAAUAUCAUGGAUUCUAUGGUUUUGGGCUUUUUUUUCUUUUCUUGUGAGUACAUUUAUUUCUGUCUUUAUUUGUUGGUUUAGUGUAUAUUUAUUUAUGUGCCGUAACUAAGAAGAAUAUUCUAAAGUUUAUGUAUAGCUGUAAAACAGUUGGAAUGCUUUAUUUUAAAUAUGAUUUCAUACAGUUUUUUUUUUUAUUACUUUAAAAUUAAGCAUUUCAAAAGUGAAGGGAGCAGUUUAUUUGCUAUGUGCCAAUGCUUUGCAAUCGAUGUUAAUGUAUGAAAAAAGUUGCUCUUUGCAAGCUGUUUACUCACAUAUUACUUUUGACACAAUUAUUUUAAAAGAUGAACUUUUUUUACUACUUCUCAAUUUUAAAUCUUUAUUAAAAUAUUAUUCUAGCUAGUUCAGUUAUCUCUCUUCAAAUAGUGUGGUAUAAAUAAACUAAAUUAAUGUCUCCAUCAGAAGUUUAUAGUCAAUAAUUCCCACUGAAACAAAAAGAACGUUUGUUUUGAAUUCAUUUAAUUCUACAAUCUUGUAAAAUCUAUUUCAAUAUAACAGAUGGGUUCUUGUUAGAUGUUGGAUGAAAAUGUUUGUACUAUCUUAUUACUUUAUAUGCAAAGCAUAUCACCUUAACCUAUUUCUGGAUUUAGCAUCAUACCUCCUAGAUCCUAUAUCUACUAAUAUAUAUGUACUGUGACUUUUGUUUAAGGAUGAAACUUUUAGCUGCAUUUACCAACCCACAUUGUUACAUCACCAUUUCUUCUUCUAUAUAUUAAGGGCCCACGAUCAAUUUAUUGAUCAUUUUGGCUCCUAUGCAUGUAGAGGGGAUUUGCAGUCUUUCUGUGCCUGUUGUUGAUGAGGAUAUUUCACUGAUUACUAUAAAAAUAAUGUUUCUGGUAUCAGAAUAUUAUGUACAUUAAAAACUACUUAGCAUUGCGUCAAAAUUACAUUACCUCCUAUAGUGUCAUUAAAAAAAAGCUUUGACAGCCCCUACCCUACAAAGAGAUAAAAGCCACCUCCUAAGAUGUUUAUAAUAGAGCUAAAAAUAUAAUUGAUUUCUCUUUAGGCCACACAUUUACCGACCUGGGACUGCAUUGAAUGUGUUCAAAACAUGUUAGGUAAUCUUAUCUGACCUGAAUUAUGUAAAGCCGCAAGUUGGGUUGGUGGAGUGGGGUGUUAGGGACAUUAAGUCACGUUUUCAAACUUUAAUUAUUAUUAUGCUAUGACAAACUCGGUUUAUGAAUUUAAGACCUGAUAAAUAAAAAAUAAAAGCUGUCUUAAGAUAAUAUGAAUUGGAUCGUUGACUGGUUUUGCCUAUGAAUACAUAUUAAGACCGAAUGUCUAACAUUGAAGUCUGAAAUGUCAACCAGGUCCUAGUUACAUGCAUUACACAAUUGACAGCACUUACAAAUAACCGCCUUGUUGGGUUUUAGUUUUUUCAUCAAAGUACAUGUCAAAUGAAUUAAGUUGACUCUUGGAAAUACAUGACUGCAAGAUGGGAUUUUUAUUUAGAUUAUAUAGGAGUAUAUGUGUAUGAAAAAUAAACUUUAAUUAUUUAAAAUACCCAAAGAAUAGACAACUACAACUGAGACUAGCCGGGUCCAACGCUCUCCCGGACAGCCAUUUUAGAAGUCUCAGUCGCCAUGAAGAUGUUUUCGUCCCCAUGGUCUUCCAUUACUAGGGUCCUAUUAUUUUCACUUAGUGUUUGCGCUCUAAAUAACCUCCGAUCUCCUCUCGCGUAAAGAUAGAGAACUUCAGUUGAGUCAACGUUCUUAAGUGCCAGCAAGGGGACUUGGGUUUACUUGUAUUGUAAGACGGGGAAACCUCUCGCCGCGUCCGAGCUCACUUUAUCAUUGAAUUCUCAUAAACUGUGCUUCUGCUCGAGUUGGUCGCACUUAGACCGGUUCACGCAUCCUUUCACCCUAACCACCCUUUUAUUUGCGGCGCUGCCAAUGUGGCUAAUCGAUUUAAAUGCCCAUUACGUGCCAACCCCAAUGAGAGCAAGUGUAGUUGAUAUGAAAUAACUUGCUCGACUAUCGUCUCAACCGUGCGAUCAUGUACACGUUAAAAAGCUUGUCCUUUGCUGACGAUAUCCAUCGAUGUUGAAUGAUCUGCAUGAUCCAUGGCAACGCACAUUCUUUCAUACAACAUUAGUCUUCUUUGGUUAAAAGUGAGCCGUCAAUAAAAGAGUCUUGAUGUAAGCCAGAAAAAGACGCCCUAAUAUAGAGUGUUGGUCAUUUUGAGAAGGGAUUACAGUACGCCGCCGUAGAGAAUGUACUAACGAUGAGACUGGGGAUACGGGUGUUGUAAGGCGAUUAGUGCUUUGAUCGCACUUCCUGUUGGACAUGGUGAAAUUAUUAGUUUUUUUUUUUUUGAGGCCUUCCUCAUGCUCCCCUCCACUCACAUUUAAAAAAAAAAAAUCUUCAUAUCUAUAGCCAAAUUAAACCCACCUAUUUCGUUCAUGAUAGUUUGAUCGUUUCUAUAAAAUGCUAUAAUAGCCAAUAGUAGCAACUAGUUGUUGGGGUCAUACUUUUUAAAAAUCAUUUAUGAUUACGAAACUCCAUUGAAUUUAUUAGAUUUAAGCUAUAUCGAUGAUAUCUAUAUCAUGCUCAGAUUUUUUUGUAAAGUUAUUUUCUUAUUAUAAUUAAGAUUCAUCAUCUUGACAUUAUAGCCGUUGUGAAUGUUUUGACAAACUUGAUAAAAUACGUCUAUAAUUUAGCGCUCAUAUCAGAGUCGUGUGUUUUAAAUAGUUACCAAAAUUUGAUGAAGACAUUUCUGUACAGUACUCGGCUCAGUCUUGGAUUCUUAUCGAUUUCUAAUCUAAAAACAGCCGCCUUCUAUCUUUUAUUGUGAGAUUCGGCGCUUCUUGGCCAAAGGAGACCGAAUUUUAAUCACCACCGGAAUCGAAAAAUAUUGACAUGAAAUACUGUCACUGGAGGGAAAACACGACCAUACAGUUAACCAUAAUGGGUUCCUCAUAAAUCUUUGUAAAGGAAAAAGGGUUUGCAGACUACCGAUGUGUUUCACGCAAUUCAGACUUGACCGUUUUGGAAUCUAUUGGCCGUGCGAAGGAAUACAUCUUUGCUGGUUAUGAGCGUUUGUUAGCUGCUUUGUUGAGCCUUUCUCUUAAAAUGUCAUUAGUUCAGAACUCUAUCUUUGGCUUAAGGUCGUGUAGAAAGUAGAUCUUUCUCUCUAUCGAUCCCCGGAAACUCUCUAACCACUGUCUACCGCCUCCUUGUAUCUGCCGGUCUGAAUGAUUAUCAUGAAGGCCUAUCGCUGUCUGAUGAAAGCCUCUACGAGAACAGGCUUUCUUUCUUUUUUUCUUUUUUUGUUUCCCUUUGGACGAUGGACGGCUGUAUCGCCACACUGUCCAUUUACUGCUUUUUGUUACGUUAACUCAAUAUACCUCGGCAAAGGUGUACAGUGGUCAGUAACGCUAGAGUUGGUUGGUACCGUUCUCCAAACUAAUGUGAUACACGAACAUCAGUAGUUAAAACUUAACAAUAACAAGGGGGUUUCCAAAGGGAUGGUGAUGUUGAAUAUGUUUGACGUAAACCUGUGUCACGACAUAGGUCUAGCUUUUUCAUACUUUUGAAACACAUCUUUGCAAGAAAUGUUGUUCUGGGCGUGGUCAAUGCUUCAUCUAAAGUUAACACUUUUUGCAUGCCGGCCGAAUUGCACUGGGCCAGACUGGCCGGUCCCCAAUCAAAUUAUUGGCCCUCAUUGAGCAUUGUACCAUAUGAAUCAGUGUCCUGUGAGAGAAAUAAUAGAGUGAAGAGACUUGUUGAAAGGGCGGCCGUGGAAGAUAAAACAGACUGCCUACUGACAGAUACAGCUCUAGAGAUGGGCUCAAGAGACGAGAAAUACACGAGAAGCUUGGUGGGUGGGGUGGGGGGGGGGGUCACUCAAUCUUGUCUGCUAGGCCAGUUGAACGUUAGGCAUCGAUUUUGUCAAUAUUGUUAGAGGAAAAAAAAAUGACGUGGACAAGAUAACGACCCACUCCUUUCAAUGUCUUGUUCCGAUGUCCGUCGUUUAGCUGGGUGAAGUUAUCUGAGGUCAAUUAUGGUCCAUGCACAGGGAGAGUCACUGUGUGGGGUUUAACCUGAGAUAAAGCUUGUAGUUUCUGUCUCUAUAAACUAUAAUGGUGUACCAAUACUUUAGCUGGUGUGUUGUAGGAGGACAGUUUUGGUAGAACUAUGAUUUCUAUAAGAAUAAAUAAUUAUGAUCGCAUACUCAAACCCAUUGUCAUCCACAAUAGAAAUGUAACCAAUAGGUUACACGUCACGAGACGUUGUUGUAAACGUUUCUCUAAACGCUACAGAUUAAAGUUUUGAUUCGGCCGUUCUAACACAACAAAAAUUAGCUUUCUAUAAUGCGCCAUUGGAGAAACAAUUUUUUAACCCAAUUUCAUUCUGUGUGAGUUUCGAUGACAUGUGUGCUUUGUCACACGUUUUUAUGGCAGCUGAGUCAAAUUACUUCGACCUUUCAGUCACCGCAUUCAUUUCAUUGAAAAUCGGAAAUGAAAAGAGGAACAAUUAUGUUCCAUGGAGUUCUCGUUCUCCAAGAAUUCCUGGGAUACCCAAUAAGUGUAGUAAUUGCAAGUCAUGUUUUAAUGGAGUUCUAGGAGCCGAUUUCUAUUGGGGUUUUAUUUGAAAUCAAUUGCGUUGCGUUCCGUAAAUUAAGUCUACACUCUGCGUUAACUCGUUUUAAAUUCUGGAACGAAUUUUUAAAAUUAUUAUUAAAGAAACAGUAUUUGACUUGUCCUUAUCUCUAUAGACAUACUCAAUGAUUCACUAACAAAAGCGCCGUCUUAGAUAAGGCUUGCAUUCAUUUGCAUAUUGAAGAAAAAAAGUUGUGCAUUUUUUGUAAAAUAAAAAGUAAAUGCAGUGGCAGUUGGAUGACUGCACCGACUGGCCACGUGUUUUUGGUGGAUUGCAACUUCUGGAAGCAGCGUUAAGUUCAUUCCCACCGUUGAACUGGUCCUGUGACACAAUGGUAGUAGCUUUGUGUGCCCGUUGGCCAGGGGUUGGCUGGUAACGAAUAGUCCGUAGUGAUAACACAGGGGGGGGGGGGGGGGGGUAAAUAGCCCGGCGCGAUGAGCUCAUUAGUCAAUUAAGAUAGAUAUUCUUGGAAUCUAAGCGAGCAGGUGAACCCUGGGAAGAACAGAAACAAUCUCAACCACCGAAGUCGGAAUUCCACAGACAAUCUGUCGUGGACUUUAAAAAAAAAAAGUCUGUUAGCAAAAUAAAGCUGUAGCGUACAGGUGUCUGAAUAAAUCCUGCAUAAAAAGUGACAAGUCUUUCACUUUGAUAUUCAAAGAAAUACCGUACAGUUUUAAUGAUUGCAAACUCUGUAACCGGAAAACUCGAUCGCCCGCAAAGCUUUUUCCGAAUAACUUUACUAUUGACUACUACUGGCUUUAAUAUAUCAAACAUACUGUACAUUUUUAUUUGAAUUUUCUUUAUCGAUUGACCAAGAUCCAUAUAUUCAAACAUGGGCGCCCGCAGAAAAAAAAUCGAUUAACUUUCUGGGGGGGGGGGGGGCAAAAUUUUUUUAGUAAUGUUUUAAUGUAGUUUUAAUUUACUGUAGCGUAUUUAUAUGGUGUACGAACAGACAGGACACAGUAAAACGAGAUCAGCAUCAGCUUAGUUACUUUCUUUUUAUUUUUCUCUUUACUUUAAUAAUUUUUUUGUCUAUUGUGUCUAAAAAAAAUUUAUCCAAUCAAUCCAGGGGGGCAAGUGCCCCCCCCCCCUCUGCGGGCGCCCAUGUAUUCAACUCUACACUCGAGCUACAGGGAUGGAUAUUGAUGCACUCUAUACUCGAGCUACAGGGAUGGAUAUUGCAGGGUGUUUUGGGAACACAACAUUGUGUUUGUACAAGUUUUUAUGACUAGUUGCCCGGUUGUCCACCAGUUAUUCAUACAAAGGGUUUACCUGCGCUUAGCUCCCGGUAUUUCAAGCGGAUUGACCGGGAAGGGUUUUUAACUAAAGUCUGUUAACUUAACCUGUGUGUCAGUGUGUGUUACUUCAGGUGAAAAUAUUUACUCCUGGACCAGGCACACACUGUGUCAAGCAGUCUGUCACUGCUGAACACCGUUGUCGUCGCAUUGCGUCGUGUUAUUUCUCGGCUGCAGCCAUCGAUUAAACUUUACUGUACGUCUCUUGUCGCAAAGAUCUCAUGCCAGUUUUAUGUCUUGUCUAUAGCUCUACAAUUGAAUCUGAUCUUGCCCGGGGCACCCACAACUGGCCCAAUCGAAAGGAACCAGUUGUUAUGUUCAGUUUCCCCCCAAUAUUUGCCCAUUUUAGUCUGCCUGUUAUAUAUUUCCCCACAAACCUCGCUUUGAAUGAUGUUCAUCCAACAACAAACAUUCCCUAAAGACCUUAAUUAAAAAAAUAAAGCCCCAACCGCCCAGAACGCACGCCGCGACACCAACUACUUAUGAUACCAUAUGAUACUUCAGUGAAGCCAUGAAAUCUUUAGUGUGAGCAACACCCAAACUGUAAUAUUUUGUUUAUAAUAUUUUUUUUUUUACUGAGGUACCUGCAUUUAUUAACGCACAUCAUGUACAUAAAGAAAUUUCAAGCACAUGUUAGUAUAUUUACGCCAUAUUGGUUUUCGGUUAUCUCGAUCAUCGGUUAUCUCGACGCCUUUUGGCUAAACCCCGAGGCCAUCGACAUAAUCAAGUUUUAGCCCUUUUUAGCACUAUUUGAGGUAUCGAUCUUUCUUUAGUAUAUUCAAUCAAUGUCCCUUCUUUGUGUACUAUUUGUUAACAAGCCAUUUCAAAACAUUAACCUUUUAAAGACGCAUUGCGGUACGUAACAAGAACCUUUCAGUGUUCACUUAGUAAAUAAGUGUAUAAUUUAUAGGUCACUAUUGUGCUGACCUUUGAUUCCUUGCAAAAUACGUGUCCUCAAUUAAUCAAAUGUGCUGUCAAUCCAAUUCAUUAUUGCCCAAUUUGUUUUACGAGUUAUUCAAUUGUUUCUUCAUUUAUUUAGUAAGAGUUGUGCUUUUAGAUUAAUACAUUCGGUACUUACAAUUAGGGAUGUUCUAAGCGGUUUUUUCCCUUCUGCAAACCGGUUUUCGGUCUUAGAAAUCCGGUUUUUAAACAGGUUUUCGGUGUUUACAAAAUAGCACGAAUCUGCAGGAACGCAGAGGAACGCCUUUAAUGUCCUUAUUGCACCAGGAGGGGGGUGGGACAAUUGGUGAGUUUCCAGACUUAUUAUCAUCUCUGGACAUGACCCUCAUUGGCAAUACUUUGCAACCGGAUUUCGUUUAACAUCCUUUAUCUGAACACUUGUAUUCUUAGUUAUACGCCAAUGUCACGUUAAAACUGUGACGAUCCAUGGUAGUGUGUAUGACUCUGGCAUUAAUGAACGUGUAUUAUUCAUAGCUGGUGUACAUAUAUAUCAUAUAUAAAGAUCACAGCUCACUGGCGGUCCUCACUUCAGCUUUGUAGUAGAGACUAUAGCCGCACACCGUGUGCUGUUAAUGCAACUGAUCCAUAUUAUAGUUUUACAUUGCAACGCGAUGCGAAAAAAAUUGUUCCCGGCCUCCGUUAUUAUCGUGUGCAAAUGUGCAUGUGUUUAAAAUAGAAUCCGGAUUCGCUACUGCACAGUCAUAGUUUUAAAUUCUCAUUCUGUUUAGUUUUACUAUAUAAAGCUAGGAAAUAACCUGCAAAUUCCAGUCAGAUGCCACUUGAUGAAUGUCAACCCUGUUCCCGUCACAUAAAAUAACCACACGCUUGAACGGGAAGAGGUGGGGGGGGAUGCUUACGCAAGAAGUAUGACAUUCCUAUAAAAUCUUAGCGCAUGGCUGUCACAAUUGCUAGCACACACAAAUGACAGGUUUGGUGGCGUUAUCACCAGCCCGUGUACUUAAGCGUCAUUUUUGGCUGAGUCCUGAAACGAUAACCACUCUGGUCGUGAUAUAAUAUUUGUUUCAAUUUAAAGGACCUCCUUGACGUUUUCAUUCAUUCGUUAGAGAUCAGUCGGCCUUUUUGACAACAUUUGGAAUCAGCCGAGCGGAUAGAGCUGUCUGAAAAAGGUGUCACAGCUGUGGCGUCAUCAAUUGAAAUGUCCUAACAAAAAACAAAACAAAAAAACAAAGUUAGAUUGUGCAAGUGUUGCCUCUGUCGCUAAGGCCUGCGUCUUAUUGCCGGUGCUUAUUAAAACCAACACGCUAUUAAAUAGCCGGUGUUCCGGGAUGUAUAUACACUUCCCUGUUUAUACAGCAGUAUGCCUACAAUGUCCCUUUUAUGUACAAGUCGUCCCUUUUAUGUACAAGUCGUCCCUUUUCUGUACACACCCCAAACACAAUGCCUUCAGAGUUACUUCAGUUGGGACUAAAGUAUUUAUUGCCUGUCCUGCGAAGUCAACCAAUAUGAUUAUUGGGGUGGGGGGGGGGGGGGGGGGGGGCUUGGCUUCUCCACGCUGGUUCUGAUAGGCUAUUUUCAGAACCAUUUAGGGCUAUCGGAAGUCGCAACUUGCGUGACAUUUUAUUGGGAAAUUCGCCAGUCUCCUACCUUGUACUAGUUAAUGUCACGAGUGUGGAGUGGGCUGACUGAAAGAGCUGUAGAGUCGAAUGUGUUGUACAAAUAUAUCCCAUGCUAUUUUAAUUUUUUUUUUCAAAAAACAUUUUUAAAAAAGACUCUAAUACCUGUUUGCUAUUGUUCGCUGUAUAUUCCGACUUCAUCGUGACGUCAUAUGUCGGAGUUGGAAUAAUAUUUUGUCGUCUCCACAUUCUUGGUGUGAAUACAUUUCAAGACAGCCGGCUUUAUGGCUUUUUAAGAAGACAAAUAAUGAUUAGAGCCCAAGGUAUCGUGUAAUACUGUUUUUGAACGUCUUCGCCAUCGCUUGUAAACACGGAUAAUUGGGUGUCGCCUGGAAGAUCGUUGAAGACAUUGCCACUACAUUAUUAAAGGAGAUGGGAAACCCAUGACUCUCAACGUGGUCAGGGCCAGUAAAUGGUAGAUCUACAGCGUAUUGCUGUUAGCAUUGUUUAUGUCUGUGGUCGUGGCCCAAGUCAAUUCAACUUGUUGAAUGACUUAUAGCGUUGUUUAUGUCUGUGGUCGUGGCCCAAGUCAAUUCAACUUGUUGAAUGACUUAUAGCGUUGUUUAUGUCUGUGGUCGUGGCCCAAGUCAAUUCAACUUGUUGAAUGACUUAUAGCAUUGUUUAUGUCUGUGGUCGUGGCCCAAGUCAAUUCAACUUGUUGAAUGACUUAUAGCGUUGUUUAUGUCUGUGGUCGUGGCCCAAGUCAAUUCAACUUGUUGAAUGACUUAUAGCGUUGUUUAUGUCUGUGGUCGUGGCCCAAGUCAAUUCAACUUGUUGAAUGACUUAUAGCGUUGUUUAUGUCUGUGGUCGUGGCCCAAGUCAAUUCAACUUGUUGAAUGACUUAUAGCGUUGUUUAUGUCUGUGGUCGUGGCUCAAGUCAAUUCAACUUGUUGAAUGACUUAUAGCAUUGUUUAUGUCUGUGGUCGUGGCCCAAGUCAAUUCAACUUGUUGAAUGACUUAUAGCGUUGUUUAUGUCUGUGGUCGUGGCUCAAGUCAAUUCAACUUGUUGAAUGACUUAUAGCGUUGUUUAUGUCUGUGGUCAUGGCCCAAGUCAAUUCAACUUGUUGAAUGACUUAUAGCGUUGUUUAUGUCUGUGGUCGUGGCUCAAGUCAAUUCAACUUGUUGAAUGACUUAAGAAGAAAUCCAAUCAUCAUAGACCUGAGCAUGAUAUUUUUUUAUGUGACAAGUGGGUUGUAAAUAUCUGCUGUUAAGCAUACGACAUGCUGCCCGAGUGGAAGGUGGCGGUGGUCUUUUAUUACGUUACCCAGGCUUAAGUUAACCUUGAGUAGGACGGUCCAGGGUAGCCAACAGGCUUAGAAUGUUGUUAUUACUAUCAAGUACGUUCUUUUAAACAAGGAGUAUAGCUUUUAUUUGUACCCCUUUCCUGCCUCUUUCUUGGUCUCUCUUCCUGCCUCUUUCUUGGUCUCUCUUCCUGCCUCUUUCUUGGUCUCUCUCCUUUCCAUCCUCCCUGUCAAUAUUGCCCCUACCCCUCUCUCCCCUCUCCCUUUCUCUCUCUGCACCCGUCUCUCUGUCCCCCUUCUCUCUCCCUCCUUUCUGUGUCCCCCAUUCACUAUCCUCUCUCUCUCUGUCCUCUCUCUCUCUGCCCCCCUCUCUCUGCCCCCUCUCUCUGCCCCUUCUCUCUGCCCCACCCUCCCUCUCCCUCUCUCUCUCCCUCUCUCUCUCUCUCUGUGUCUUCACUCUCUGUCCUAUCUUAGUCAAUACCCUCAUCAAUCAAGUUUUGUUUUCUUUUAUUCUUAACAUGACACUAGCCUCUGACAUUUCUGUCACUUUAAUGAGGAGGACAAUAAAAUACUCUAGUGCUUUUUGUUUUGUUUUUUAAAGUUGUUGUCCUGAUCAACUCUCUCAAGCACCACGUAUGACCCGGUACUAGGGGUCGAUGCAAGCACUCUCGGAACGUUAAUGUCAUAGCACUCAAACGUUAAGGGGCAUUGUUCGUUUUAUGUUGUGGACAGGAUGAAUCUAUAGACUUAGAAGGAAAAUGAGAGCUAACGAAUAGUGAACAGAGGAAAUGCCAAUCCACGUCACAGCUUGUUUAUGGCCACUUAUAAAGGUUAAUACUCAAAAAGGGUGCGAGAUUACUCUCUUAGGACCCUUGACACGAUGCGUACGGCGCGCCUCAUCUGCUGGGCGCUUCCGUAAAGGAGUUCAUUAAGGCAGGCCUCCGGAUUCCUACCGUCGGCCCCCAUCCCACUGUCCGGACACGUGACAACCAAGUGGGCUACUGUCUCCUCUUCGUGUCCACAUUGUCGGCACAAAAGUUCCCUUCUGUUGUCGAGUCGGUAGAGAUAACUGCGCGUAGCGCAGUGCCCAGUUCUCAUCUGAGUGAUAAGGCUUUGUUCUCUACGACUAAGCUCCCACCAUGGGUCGCUUUUGCUCGGCCGCUGAAAUUCCCGGUAAAACUGUCGUCCAGUAGUGGCCGUGUCCCACUUUCCAAGCCAUUUUCUCCUGAAAUGGUCUUUCAACCAGACAGUGGCUCCGAGCUGAGUCAUGGGAUUGUCUGGUUGAGGUAGGGCUGCGCCUUCUUGGGCUAAGAAAUCUGCCCUGUCAGGAAGCGACGCCUCUAAGCGCGAAGUGAUUAGCUGGAAGAUUACCUUAGGGCCAUGUGCAUGGAUGGAGCCUACUGUUUCCAGAAUGACAGUGAUCUUUGUCGAGCCCACCGAACUCUCCCCCAUGAGUUCGAGAGCAGAACGAGAGUCGGUGAAGACCACAACGUCCGGGAAGGACUUCCGAUUGGUUAGCCGUUGGUUCAACCUCUUAAGAGCUACCAGUAUCGCCUCAAUUUCCGCAUCGAGGCUUGUUGCAUUCCUACCGCAUGGGCCUGAUAGCUCCUCGGGUGGAGCUAUCUCUGCGGGAUACUGGAUGAGGACACCAUAGCCACUACGCUUUUCCUCCGUGAAACAUGAGCCGUCCGUAAAGACUUUAACCAAGCUGUUCGGGUAGGCGUCAAUCGUGCGUUGCACAGCCUCUGAUGGGUCUAAUUGAGGACUGCCUUCGCUGGCUUUGGCAUCAACCAUUUCCAGUCGAAUGUCCGGCAGGGGAAGACUUUUGUGUGGUCCCCGCGCGGGGAUCACUUUCACUUUUUCCCUGUUUCUGGGCAGAAAAACGUCUUCUUCAAGACUGUGAACCAUGUCCAUGAAGGAUGGUCGCUUCAAUCUGGACUUUUUCUCCCAUUCGUCUUGUAAUUUGAAACAGGGAUCCUUUCUGUCCAUGCGGCGGUAACGCUCUACCGUCGUAAGGACUGCCUUCUCUCGCCUGACCUCGAGCGGUUCGACAUUGGAAAUGAUCUCCACCGCCGCCGUGGGUGUGGUUCGUAUUGCCCCGCAAACAAACCUUAGAGCACGGUUUUGGAUGCGGUCCAGUUCCUCCAAAGCCGUAUGGCUUGCGAAGGCUAGGACGGGCAAACUGUAGUCCAUUGUUCCUCUCACACUGCUAAGGUAGAGCGAUCUCAACAGUCUUGCUUCUGCACCCCAUUCAGUGCAAGCUAGCUUUUUCACCAAGCCCAAUUUUUGUGAAGCCUUGGCGCAUAGUUCGUGUACGUGGUGAUGGAGUCGGAGUUUCUGAUCCAACUUAAUCCCCAAGUAGACUGGAGUCCUGUCCCAUACCAAAUCUUUCCCAUUUAUGGAGAGUUUAACAUCGGUCUCAAGCACCUUUCUUCCGUUAGUGAACUUAGAAUAGACCGUCUUCUCAGUGUUCACAACCAUUUUCCACCGUCUCGCAUAGUCCUCGAUGGUAUGGAGAUCGUUUUGCAGCCGGUUCUGCAAGUGGUUGAUGCUAGGACCAGAAGUCCAGAUUACUAGAUCAUCAGCGAACAUGGCAUUAUCGGACACUAAUCCCUCUUGCAAGUCAUAGACAUAGGCCAAGAACAAAGUGCAGCUGAGGGCAGACCCCUGGGGGAGUCCGUCCUCUAGAGCAAGCUGCUUCGAUAGACUAUUGCCAACCCGUGUGACAAUAUAUCUGUCCUUGAGAAAGUCCGUCACCCACCCGGACAUGUUUCCAGUGACACCCAACUUCUGGAAUUUAUGCAUGAGGCCAACGCGCCACACGCGGUCAUAUGCUUGCUUGAGAUCAAAGAAAAUUGCCAACGAAUGAUUUUUCUUCUGGAGUUCAUUGGUCAUAGACUGAACAAGACGGACCACCUGGUCCAUGGGCUGCCUACCCUUACGGAAGCCACCUUGCGUCGGUGGUAGGUGCUUUCCACUCUCCAAAAACCAGUAGAGUCUUCCAUUCACCAUUCGCUCGGCCACUUUGCCCACACAGGACGUCAGCGAUAUUGGCCUGUAGCUACCUGGUAAAUGGCCUGGUUUUCCCUCCUUUGGUACGGGAACCACUAUGGCCUGCUUCCACACUUUCGGUAAAAUACCUGUAGUCCAAGUUCGGUUAAUGAGAGCCAGCAGAAGUUCUCUCCCCUGUUUACCCAGAUGGGUUAACAUUUCAUUGUGAACUUUGUCUGGGCCCGGUGCUUUCGCCGGCAAGCACUUUUUGAGCGCGGUUUGCAAUUCUUCCAUUGUGAAGGGAACUGUGAAUAUCUCAGGGUGGGGUCCAGUACGCUGGAUACGAGCUCCCCUUAUCUUCAGACGGCGGAUUUCCCUGUGCUCGUCAGUCUCCUUUCUUACUUUUGACUCAUUGUUCACUGCGGCAAAGUGAACAUUCAGUACAUUGGCUCUUUCCUUGUCGCUCGCCACGACACCCUUGUCCGAUAGUACUGGCUGCGGGUUUUUGGCCUUCCCCGCACCAGAGAGACUUCCGAGCAGAUUCCACACCUUCCUACCGUCCAGAAGAUUGAGUUUUUCACACGCGCUAACCCACUUCGACUUUUUCGCCUUUUGAACAGCUGCCCGGACCUCAGCCGUAAGUUGAUUGUAACCAGCACGAGCAGCCGGUGUUUUCUUCCUCGCGGCUUCUUUCCGAGCUUUUGCUCUUAGUUUCACGAGUUUUGCAAGCUCUUUGUUCCAAAAAGGCUUGUACGGUCGCUUCCCGGUCGUUCUCGGGAUCGUCACACGGGCGACCUCUAGGAGGACGUCAUUGAACUUCUCGAAAGCAACAUCUAAGUCUGAGUCGGCCACAUCGACUGCAAUUAGUCCGAGCUUGGUCUCGCACUGACUUUGGAAAUCUUGCCAGUUGGCUUUAUGAAAGAGCCAGUGGCGUUUAUCGCACUUGGUUUUGGCCUGUCCCAAGUCAACCCUAAGCAGUAUGGGCAAAUGGUCGCUCCCAAUGUCGUCAAGGACACUAAGGACCUGAUGUCCCGCGAGAUCAGCGGACACGAGCGUCAGGUCUGGCCUGGAUUCCGUUCCAUGGCCGUAAUGGAGAAGAGUGGGCGUGCUCUUCUCGUCUUGAAGCCUGAUAAGGUUGGUCUCGAGACAUACCUCUUCCACGUGCUUACCAGAGCCGUUGCGCUCUGGAUAACCCCACAUGGGGGAUUUGGCAUUGAAAUCUCCUGCAAUUAUAGUCCGUUUAAAGAUCGUCUCCCCGUGGGUGGGGAUCGUGAUCACAUUGCUUGGAGAAUUGUAAAUGUUCGUCACGGCGAACGUUUUCCCACAUUUAGUGACUUUUACUGACAGGGUGUCAGUAUUGGCGUAUCGCUUACACUCGAUGAUCUCCACCGUGAGAUCAUUUCGCACCGCUGUGGUAAUGCCUUGGCAUCGGCCACACUUGCAAUGGUAUAGCGAGUAGUGGGUAUCGAGGGCGUUUUGAGGAAGCCACGGUCGGAGGGGCAGGAUCUUGUCCAAGCCCCCCCAGUCGAACCUGCGUUAAUGAUAGAUUUUGCAUUGUCAUGAGUAAUAGUGGUUUGAGCAAAAUGUCUUCCUCCCAGUGAAAGAGGGCUUUGCGUCGCCCCCCCUCCUAGCUCAGUGGGUCCUUCUGACAUGGACGUGUGUGAUCUUUGGCUUCCGGAUGUUAAUCCGUACUGGUCAGCAACGCCACGUAGAGGCAGAUCACGUGUACACCACUCGAGCAAAGUGGUGUUGGUUUCCCCAGUCGGCACGAGCAGACGACCUGGAUCCACCAUGCUGGUUUAUGGCCACUAAAAAAUUCAAUCCUUGCCAUGUGCAGGUUAAAAAAAGCAACAACAAAAAAACAAACAAAAAAACAAUCUAUAUGAACAGUUAAAUUUUAUUAAACUAGGGCUGAACCGGGUGCAGUUUUUUUUACACCGGGUCCGAUUAUUUUGAGAGAAUACCCGGUGGGUCAAAGUGUUACAAAAACCCAAUCUCAUUUUCUAUAAACAAUAGUCAUACAGGCCUUCCCACACCCUACCUGACGGCCUUAAAACAAUUGUCCUUCCUACAGACAGUCCUACAUCAUAUAAACAAUAGUCCUACAGCAUAACUGCCGGCAUUUAAACAAUAGUCCAACAGAUAGUCACACACCGUACCGGUUUUUACCUGAGUUCAGCCGUCACGCAUGACGCUCUCUGCGUGACCGCUUCCCCCCCCCCAACUCAGUACUAUUAAUAGAAAACACGUUGAGUAGGAGAGGGUACGUUGUGAAAAGGAAGCUGGGCACAUCAGAUUUAAACAAUAGCCCAACAGAUAGUCACACACCGUACCGGUUUUUACCUGAGUUCAGCCGUCACGCAUGACGCUCUCUGCGUGACCGCUUCCCCCCCCCCCAACUCAGUACUAUUAAUAGAAAACACGUUGAGUAGGAGAGGGUACGUUGUGAAAAGGAAGCUGGGCACAUCAGACGCAAUGUAUAAUAGAGAUAGGUCCUUUAUGCUUGAAAUACUACUGUGCUUGUGAACAUUCUUCAGGCAAUAUUGGAGAAAUGAGUAGAACAUAUCCCUUGAUAAUGUUGAUGUGGUGAAAUGAAUAGAACACAGCCCUCGAUAAUGUUGAAGUGGUGAAAUAAGUAGAACAAUAUAUCCCAGCUGUGUUUGACCCACUGAUUGUUUUCUUGUCAAAAUUCACAUUUCGAUUCAAUUAUCCCGUUACAUCCCCUUUGGAGGUCAGAAACCAAUCCACAUUUUACUAAAAAACAAAACAACAGCAUAUCUCGUUCGUUUGAACACUAUGUUGGGUGUCAUUUAUGGCAACCAAAACAAAUGAUUAAAUAAUGAGACUUCGUGGAGAGUUUUGUUAUGAUGCGUUGGUGCCUUGUAAUAAUCAUGUAUAAUUAAAUAUAGAAAUGUGUAACACUCCAAUUCCGACAACGCACGCGUAAAGCCAUUUUGAGAUGAAUUUGGUGCGAUCCUGUUGGAAGCCUUAGAUCGGCAAGCCCAUUCAGUUUGAUACCAAUCAAUCAGACACCCACCCAGGUUCACCGCUCUAGCUUAACACAGAUUAGAUGCAUCUUUCUUUUUUAUUCUUCUUUUUUUUUUCUCUCUCUCGUUCGUAUCGGCUUUUGGAAUAGUUAAAAAAUGAAAGCCGAGUCAGGGCGCGUUUAUGUAUGGACGGAGGCGCUCAUCACAUCUUCCUGGUUUGGUGAAAUAGAUUGUUGACUGGCGCCCCCGGGGCCUCUAACUUCUUGUUAACUUGAUUGACCGAUUACGCAGGCUUGCGACUGUCUUAACAAGCUCAUCUUGUCCAUCGAGACAUCCCUUGUCCAUCGAGACAUCCUUUCUCUCUCCCCCCCCCUCUCGUUCUCUCUAUCAAUGGGUGAAUCAGAGAUCUGACAACAACCAAUCGUAUUUGAUCUACCAAUGUCGUGACAUGCGAGUCUAGCUUAACGAGUUGUCACGGCGGUCCGCGGGUUUGUUGUAUGUGGCCCGUCGUUAAACUUCCUGCUUUCUACACACAGAAUAAGACUUGGACUUAUUAGUUCAUUGGACUCUCUGAAUAGAGAAUUAGAUGGUCAUUUGACACCAGCACUCGGUGGGCCCAUUUAGCUUUUUUUUUUAAAUGUUUCUAUGGUUUGGGAUGUGGGGGGCAAAAUGUGGGCAGUUUUAGAUGCACUUUGGAAAUGACGGCUUUAGAAAGAAAGACAGAAAGAAAGACAACUUGUACACGUUAACUUCAAGUCUAGGUUGCCUGUUUGAUCCUGGCGUGUUUUCUCAUUUCGUGUACAACAAUGAUACAUCGCCCUGUACAACAAUGACACAUCGUCCUGUACAACAAUGACACAUCGUCCUGUACAUUCUCGUUCAGUUACCGCCUUCUUUCUCUCUUUAUUUUACCUUUUUUAAAUAUUGACUUUGACCUUAGCCUGCUAGAGGAAGUUAUAGUUUUGACCUUGAUGCAUUACAUCCGGGUUCCACAUAUUUUUUCUGAUCUAUGUUCAAUAUUAGUUCCCUCGAAACAAACACCAAUUGGAUUUGACCUCGAUUAUAUGACCCCCCGUCGUCCCCCCCCCCCCCACGGUACUUUAUUGUUCUUGAUUGCUUCUUCUGGCAGAGGACCGGGCCCGCAACGGUUGAUAGUAUAUGCUGUGGAGGAAGAGAUGGUGGUUAUGUCAUAUAUUAAUUUCGAUCGCUUUCCUGGUCGCGUGAAGCUGUCCGUGGGCUAAAGCCUUGUGUAAUGGCCGAGACUUCCUAUCACGGCUGUAAACGAGUUUUUUUGUGUUUUUUUUUUUGUGCAGAAGACGUUCCCUCGUGGUACUGGCGACACACGCCAGAUUAAGGGUUUGUUUUAGAAGAUUUACAAGGCACGCCCCAAUAAUGACUUUGCCACCAGCGUAAGCCGACUAGGUGGUUGGCGGUGUUGUCAACGGUAAACCUGUGGGGCACAGCGUCAUGGGGGACCCGGGGCAAUGAGCACUAUAUUAUUACCAGUCAUACCGCGCUUUAAGGUCUGGUGACAACUUGGUAUAGCGACAUGGGGGAUACAAUUACAGCUCUGUUAUCAGACGCUUCAUAACUAUCUGCAUUAAAUAAAAUGCGCACCCCCCCCCCCCCACUUUUGUUUUAAGGGAUUUCAAUGUAACUAAAAACUGAAAAGAUUAUGGGUGUUUAGACAUAAUUUUUUGUUUCGUUGAGAAAAUGAAGCAGUGAUGUUAAUAGAAUUAUUAUUUUUAAGUCUUCUUGGAAUAUUUUUUUUUUUGUAGUUUUUUUUUUUUUAAAUCAAGGAAUAAUGCGGGUUUAAUAAGGUAAAGAUUUUUUUAUUUGAGUUUAUCAAUUCGAUUUUAAAGUGAGGAAAGGUAGGGUGGUGGUGGGGGGGGGGGGCAGAUGCAUUAAAAAAAAACCAACAGUGUAAGAGGGAUAGAGUGUUCCUCCCUCCCACAAUCCCUCUAAGCCCGUCCAUCUAGUCCAACGGCUUGCCCCCCUCUCCCCCAAGCACUCCAGUAAUAGCCCGGUGACGUCAGCCCGGGAUGUGAUUGUGUUAGACCUCCCAAAUCUCAAAAGUCGGCUGAAUUGAUUUCAGGUCAGAGCCGUGCCCCUUAAACUUUGGGGAGAGAGAGCCAUGGGGCCAGGAGGAAGGGUGGCAAGACAUGCACGUUCACGUGCCAUUGGAGCUGAUUCUCAAGCCGUUGUAUAAGAUUGGGGAAUUCAUUGUUGUCAAAUACUGAUCAGAAUAGUAGAGAAGAUGCCCUCUUACAGAAGAUAGAGGAAUUCACUGCUGUCAAAUACUGACCCGAGUAGGCGUGGGGACGUCCUCUUACAUAAGAUAGAGGAAUACAUUGUUGUCAACUACUGACCAGAGUAGGAAGCGAAACGUCCUCUUACUUAAGAUAGAGGAAUUCAUUGUUGUCAACUACUGGAGGGGAUACGCCCUCUUACACCCUUGAAAAGAAAUGAGCAGUAACAAAAUGUUCUACAUAAAAGCAUCUCAUUAUUUUUUUAUCACUCUUUUCUAAAUGAUGCAGAUAACUUUAAAUACUACAUUUCGAUGAAAAGUUGUGAGGAAAUUAAAGCUUUGUAGAAAAGAGUUGUAAAAAAAAGAACGAAUCAAUUAUUUAUUCACAUUGAAAUAUAUAAUAACUGCCUUCUUGUAGCAAUGUCAAAACUUUAGCUGUCUUUCAGACAUUUCUUUGGGGCUCUAAGCAAGGAGCUUAGGAUUGGCUUAUAUAUAUAUAUUACAGACCUGUUUACCCCUGGGUUAGUGUCAGAGCAGUUUUCAGACCUGUUUACCCCUGGGUUAGUGUCAGAGUAGUUUUCAGCUCUCAAAAACGUAGUUUUCAGCUCUCAAAAACGUAGUUUUCAGCUCUCAAAAAACGUAGUUUUAAGCUCUCAAAAAACGUAGUUUUAAGCUCUCAAAAAACGUAGUUUUAAGCUCAAAAGAGUAGCUUGGUAAAAAAAAAAAGGGGGGGUGGGCUAUAUCAGGAAAUCCAUUUAACUGCUUAUAUAAAUUAACAAAAAUAAAUAUACAGGAUAUUGGUCCUUUGAUUUGUUUCUUACGGAUGAGAAAAGGCCUUAGGCAAGCAAAGAAGGUGCUUACUGCACAGAUUUGCUUGACUGAGAGGCAUAUCUGAGCUAAAAUUCAUUACUAUUGCCAACACAUCUGUUAUUUCUUUUUUGUGUUUAUUUUUUUGGUAAUAUGGAAACAAGUAUGAAUUUGUAAGAUAAAAAAAAAACAAAGUUGAAAAACAAGUACAAAAUUAAACAAAAAAGGUGUAUAGAUGUAGAUAUUUAUUAAAUUUCCUUGCAAUAUGGCACAUUUUUCAUCAGUUUACUUAAAUCGAUUUUACGAUUUUUUGCCUUGAUUUUUAAAGUCCUGAAAAGUGUAUCAAUGUGUCAAGUCUCUGUUGGACAUUAGAACAUGUAUUUAGCUACCACAAGUAGAAAACAUCUUUUGUCACAUGGAGUGACUGUCUUAAUCUCGCGAGGAACAUGAAUAAUUAGAGUAAACACACUUUAAGAGUCUAUAAAACAUAUGUAAUCAUGGUUUCAUAUUUGGACACAUAAAUUGAGUUAUACUGAGAAUUUCCCGAAGUGAACACCUGAGGUGGGUGAUAAAAGAUGUUUGUAUUAAGUAUUAGCAACACAUCCACUAAAAGAAAAAUAUUCUGGUUGGUUAAUUGAGAUCGAGACCGCAAAGACCAAUCACUGUUAUUCUUAUUCAAUUGCUUAGGAUGUUAACACACACACCAAAAAAAAUAUAAUAAUAAUAAAAAAUUAAAACAGUUUAAUGAACACCCCAAUUAUUUAUAUUUCUAUUUUUAAAAAAAACCAAGCAAGGGAAGAAAAAACUGAAACAGUAGGUUUUUUAGCCUUGCACUAAUACUGUAUUCUUAAGGUGAAAGCGUAGGGGUAAACAGGUCUGUAUAAAAGGCCUAAAUUGACACUUUGUCAUUUAAACCCCCCCCCCCCCCCCCUCUUUUGGGUGGGGGGUUGUUUUUGUUCCCCCCCCCCCCCCCCCCCCCCCCCCCUCCCUCUUUUGGUGGGGGGUUUUUUUUGUCUCCCCCCCCCCCCCACACACACACACACUUUUUUUCUCUCUUUCUUUCUAUCUUUCGUUAUUUUCUGAGUAACAAAACAACACUUUAGUUCCUAAAAUAUGAUAAAAUCUUAUUACAUUCUGUUUACAUGUACUACAUUUUUUUUAAUGAUUGAUAUUCCAUAAAAAAUUAUUCUCUUUAAACUUUCUGGUUAAAAACAUUUUUUAAAAAUGCAAGCUAAGUUCAAAGUGAUUUGACUUUGUAAAUAAUCAUUUUUAGGAGGAGUUGGGAGGGAAUGCUAACAGUUUGCAUUCCCUCCAACUCCUGAAAAAGCAUUGAAUUCCCCGUCUGUUUUCUCCUUCCCCUUCCUCCUCCAAUUAAAAAAAAAAUGAAAUUUGUUAAAAAUAGAAUGAAAGUAUGGGACAGCAAACAGCUCCACUAAUUAAUCAGUAGGUGACAUUUUGUUUUGUAACUUCCACCUUGUAAUACAAAGCUGAGUAAAUUUUAAUUAGUUUGAUCUUUGGUUGUCAUGGUGUUUCUUUGAAUAAAACUCUUUUAUGUGAGUUGAAAUGGAAGUUGUAAAGCUAGCACUUCAUCUUGCCAUAUUUUACCCUCAAGUAGAGAAAACUUAAAAUAAUGGUUAAUUAUAAUUAAUAUAGAACAUCAACACCAUUCAUUCAGAACUUAAACUCUUAAAAUGGGGUUUUCUAAGUUUGGUAUAAUUUUAAAUUGAUAUAGGCAUAUAAAACAUUCUGAUCCCAUUAGUAAAACAAAUGCUGUUUUUAUGUCAGCCACUUGUUUGCAUUAUUUCAGAAGUUACAAAUACAUUUUCUAAUAUAAAAACAAUAUUUAAAAACUAAAUUUAUUUCUUUAUUUCUGCAGAUUUACAGUACCAUGUGAUAAACUCAAAUAAACUCACUCCAGAAGGAAGUUUUGUUGUCAAAUUAGAUUCACAUUCCAGGUUGCGCCGUCAAGUUGAUAGUAGUAGCAGUUCAAGCCCUGGGUUAACACCAGAUCAUUCCAGUCAAGCUCAGCCUGCUGUAACCCCAGGUACCCUAAUGGCAAAAUAUCAGACCGCUUAAAGUGCAUUUCUGUUACAUUUCUGUUCGAAUUUUUUUUACUUCAAACGUUUUAAUAGUCUAAACUACAAAUGCUAUGUUUAUUUUUUUGUAGAUCAGCAACUUAUGAAAGCUUCCAGUUUCUAACUUAGUUUGAUACAUCAUACUUUUGGCAAAUUUCUAUUUUAUGUAACCACAUAAAUCCAUAGAAGGAAUAACUCAUGUUAUUCUUUGGGGUAAAAGAAAUAUGCUAUUUUUCCCUUUCAACUGAUUCAAAUGUUUGUCAAUUGUAGUAGUAUGAAAGAAAUGCUUAAUAAAAGUGAUUUUCUAAUGUUAAAUUAUGUUAGCCAUUAUAAAAUAAUAUAUAAUUGUCAUAAAUAGAAAAAACUUUUCUAUUCAUCAGUUUAGAAAAUUCAUACAAGUUCUGGAUAAUUUCAUGAUGAAUGUAGGCUAAAAAAUAUGGAUUAGAUAAUAAUAAAAUUCACAUGAUGUAUCAAUAUUUCUGAUAUUUUUUUUUUCCUUGGAUGAUCUAGGUUAUCUAUUAUCAUUAUUAUUAUUUGACAUCUUAUUCUCAAUGCUUUAAUAAUUUUAAUUGCUAUAUAUUCUCUCCAAGGACCCUCAACUAAUGCACCUGGAGAGGGUGCAGGCUCUAAGCCUAAUUCUACUGUUGCACCGACCACCAGUUCUUUUCAAACCAGCAAUGGUGCAGCGAAUGCAAAUGAAUCUUCUAACUCAUCUACUGGCACUGGCUCCUCAACGGUAGCAUCUACCACUAUAGCAGAUCCAUUUGCAGAUUCAGAUGUUAUUCAUGUAGGUUAUCUUCAAUCCAUUAUCUCCCUUGAACACAAAACACCACCUCCACCCCCACAUUUUUUCUUUUCAUCCAACAUUUUUUGUUCAUUCAUGUUAUUUAUUCUUGUCCUUUAAUAUAAAAAUUGUUUACCUUUGUUGGUGAAAUGUUCUUAUGGACCUAAUGAUAUUGAGUUUUAUUUUUAUCCUUAGUGCCAUAGGUCUAUUGGGAUAUAAACACAUCAUUUAUGGGCAUAUCCAUCUGUUUAAAACAACUCUUCAGAGGAUUGAAAAAAUAACUAGACUAUCACUAUGGCAGACUUGUUUGUAAAGUAAUUUUAAUUUUGGACCAAUUUCCUUACACAUAAGUUAAAAAAGAUUAUAACAGAAAAAGAUGUUAUUAACUUUAGAACUAUUUUUUUAACCUAUAUUUACAUUUAAAACAUGAAUGAUUAAUGUUAGAUUGGAACAAGCUUCCAAAAGCAACAGUUGAGGCGGCUACACUUGACCCAUUUGCGUCUCUUGUCUCCUGUCUUCCAACCCCCAGUUCAUAAUACCACUGCUGAGUAGCUCAUGCAACCAGUGAAAUAUCCCCUUCAAAACCAUGAACAGUAACAUCGCGAACCCCUCUGAAACAUUGGAGCCAGAAUUUUCAAUUCAUUGAUCCUGGGCCCUCAAAAAAUAGAAGAAGAAGAUAUUCCAAAUCACUUCUUUAGCUGAGUUCUUCAUUGUCAGAGCAUUAAAUAGGCAGAUUGGUUAGUUAAUUUGUAGGGGUGUGCCGGAUCCGUUUUUUCCAACCGGAUCCGGAUUUUAUUAUGCGAAAUCCGCCGGAUCCGGAUUCUGGAAUAAUCCGGAUUCCGGUUUCUCCCGGAUUCCGGAUUUUGGUACUAUUGACCACUAUUAGCGGUGCUGACUCUAGCCUCUGGUAUGUUCGGAAUAUUAAACAUUAAACAAGCUCAACGCUCGAAACAAUCGAUUAAUGUAUCGUGAUCGUGUGGAAUUCGGGAAAGAGAAUUACUUUUAUUUCAGAUUAUGAUCCGGUGAGUCACAAAAUCUGGCAAAUUCCAAAAUCCGGUAUAUUCCGGAUUCCGGUUGUUCCGGAUACAUGUAAAUCCGGCGGAACCGGAUUUCACAGGAUAGUGCAAAAUCCGGCGGAACCGGAUUCCGGAUCGGAUUCCGGCACACCCCUAUUAAUUUGUAAAUUUCUUGGAACCUAUUUCAGGAUUUCCACGAAUACUAUACUACAGAUGUGCUCAAGAGUAAAGGAAGUGAGUACUGGCAGGAGCUAAAAGAUGUACCCCGCCAUGAGACACUUUCAACUGGACAUAGAGUGGCAGCAGUAAGUUUACACAAAUGCUAAUUGUUUCCAUUUAAUUUUAAUCUUGUAUUAAUAAUUAUGCUUUCUUUGCCCUCGGUAUAAUUUUAAAACCUAAAUUCCGCUUUUCCAUUUCAGUCUCUUCCAUUUAAAACAGCAGUUCUUAACUCUUUGUUUAUUCCAUGUAGGCCUACCCUUUAACCAGUUAAAACAAGGCAUAGACCCCAACUAAGAAUAAAGUUUCUAAACACAUAAAAAUAAAAAUACAAAAGAAAUCAAAGUAAAUGGAUCCCCUUGCACCUUUUCACUGACCCCGAGGUGGUUUAUGGAACCACAGGUUAAGAACCUCUGAUUUUAGCUGUCUAAUAUUAUUACUGUUAAUACAUUUCUAUUUUGUCCACUCAUAUUUACCUUCUUUAAAGAAAAGAAAAUUCCUAAUUUUUUUUUUUUUUUACUUGUGUAAAAUCUUUCUGUUCACUCAUUGAUCAGGUGAUCCCUCUCAAGUUUCCAUUUCAUUUUUAUGGACAUGAGGUCACCAAUGUUACUGUUGCCACAGGAGGUAAUGACCAAGAGACGUUGUUUUUUUCUUAUGUUUUCAGAUAUUUCAAUAUUUACUUUCAACAAAUCUUAUUUCAGCAAAAAAAAUUUGUUUUCUCAGGAAAAUCCUAUUUAUUUUAUGUUAAAAAAUUUAAGCUCACCUGUCACUGUUACGCUAAAUUACUUUUGAGUUUUAUGGCUUUAAGCCAGUUUAUUGUGUUCCUUUGAUUUUUUUUUUAUUUUGAUGAAUUUUUUAAGCUUUUCAAAGAUCUUAUUUCUUUUAAAACAAGCGUGCUUACAUCAAGAGACCAAAAUGUUCAGAAAAUAUUGGUAUGGAUUUGUUAUUGAUUUUAUUAAAUUAUUAUAUUUUUUGGCAUGGUUCCUUGAUGUAAACUCAAGGAUGUGAUGAUUAAAAGUUAUUUGUUUUUCAUGUCUAUUUCAGGUUUUAUUUACAUGAGUCCCUUUCUGCACCAAUGGCUAACAGCUACUCAGUACAUUGCCCCUUUAAUGGCUAACUUUGAUCCAUCAUUGAGCAAAGAUUCUGGAGUUUACUACAAAAAUGAUGGUAAGUAAAUAACAUUAAAUAUUUAUAUAUUUUCAAGUUAUGAUCUGAAAUGUAUUUUUAUAACAUUAGUUUCAUUUCUGACAUUUUUUGGGGGGUGGGGUGGAGACAACUGCCAUCUGUUGGAGCAAUUAGAAAUUGAAAACAAUUCUUUUGAAAAUAAAUGCAAAUGAAAAAAAUGUUGGAACUGGUAAACCUUUUUGAAGAUCCCUACAAUUUUGAUGGCAUCCGUCCGUCUUUGCAGACUUUGCAGGACAAAAUCGACAAGGCCUGAGAUUUUUCUUUUAGGAUUAUAAGCUGGUUCCCAAAAGCAAAUCGCCUCUUUCCACGCCGCUGGAUACACCAAGGGAACAUCAUGUGAAUGAUACAGCUUGGCACCAGUUGCGCUGCAGGAGUUGUCAGAAUUUUUCAUUGUACCAAUGUUAUCUGCCUCUGGGACUCCGGGUUUGAAUUGAGAGUUUCCUUCUCUUAGAUGAGUUGCCAUCCAAGGUUAACGAGUCCCAUCAACUAGGGGUGCUGGUGAUGUUUUUGCUUAAACGCGCUAAACUCCAGACCACCAACUUGAGAUUUGCUUAGUUUAGACCACUCGGCCACCCAGCUCCCUACAUUAUUAUCCUAGCUAAUAUUCCAAGACCACAUCUUUAAUUUUAACAGCUAAGUCUAAAUCAGUGAACAAUUCUAUCAAAAUUUUUUUUAUUAUAGUAUGCUUUUCACUAUUUACAAUCUUUGCAAUCAAUUUUUUUUAAAUUUUAAAUGUUACGUAUCCUGCAUAUAUAUAUAUAUUUAUAGAGGACAAAUUCACAGUAGAGUGGAAAAAUGUCAUGCUAAAGGAUCAGAAUUCAAGUGAGUAUAUCAUGUUAUUCAUAUAUCAGAAUUCAAGUGAGUAUAUCAUGUUAUUCAUAUAUCAAAUAUUCUAUCUCCAUUUUGAUCAGCCUAUUCUGUCAACCAUAUGAGGAAUGAAUUUGAAUUUAUCUUCAUGGAUCUUGUAGCAAAAUUUCUGAUAACUUAAUGCACAAUGGAUUUCUAGCUUGUCAAAUAUUUGUUAAAAGCACCUUGGUAAUGAUUGCAAAAGUGACAAUUUUAUUUAAAACUUCAGCUUAUGCAUUGCAAUUCACUGCAAUUUUUUAAAGAUUAUUGCUUAAAAUGUAAUAAAAUAUGAAGUGCAUUCAUUCAUGAAAUCCUAUUCACUCUAAGGUGGUAACUUCAGUUUUCAAGCCAUUCUUCAUAAAGAUGAUGUGAUUCACUUUGUGUACAAUUCAGUAAGUACAAUACAUUAUCAUGAUGUAAAAAUAUAGGGUUUUGGAAGAGAUUAUUAAUUUUUGUGUUAGCAAUAUGUUGUAGUGCACUAAUGGGUUUGUGAACUGUAACUGAUUAUCUGAUAUAUUGUUAUGGUCAUUGAAUGAAAUUAUUUUUUCUCACAACAUAUUAGGUUCCUAUCUCUGUACGUGGAAUUUCAACUGAUGAGCAUCCUGUUAAAAUUGGACUUUCUGAUGCCUACUAUAAUGACACUUAUAUCCCUGAAUACAGUAAGACAUAAUUGAUCUAAAGUUUCUGAAAAGAUUUAUUUAUAAAUAGUUAACAGAUCAAGUACUCAUAAAGCCGUAUGUGUCUAAAGAUAUUAUUCCAAAGUGAAAUUUUAUUGCACAGCCAUAGACAUUAGCUAAACAAAAAAACCAGUGAGAAAUUAAAACAUGGAAAUGAAAAAAAGGGUUUUUACACAGUCUGAUAAAUACAUGCUUUUGUUUUUCAGAGAUCAAGAGAAGGACUAUAUAUGAGUACCACAAGGUUUCAGUUAAGGUAGACACUGUGAAGUCUGGGACAGUCAUUGUGUUCAAGCCACUCCCUAGUAAGAUUUUUGUUACAUUUGAAUAAAAGUUCAUCUACUUUUAGAAAUUGUUUGAUUUCAUGAUUCAGUUACCUUAAAAUGUGUUAUUAACUGCCACAGUAUCUCAAAACUGCACAAAUAAUGGAAAAAAUGCAAGAGAAAGCCAAGAUAUCUAGAUAAAGUCAUGAGCUCUCAAAUAAUAGGAGCUUUUUAAAUUUUAAAUAAUUUAGUCAGUUAAAAGAAACUGAUAAAAAUAUUUUAUCUUAGCUUCUAGAUAACAAAAUAUCUAAAUCUGUAAAUCUUUCAAAUGAAUUUUGAAAAAAAAACAUUUUAAGUUGAAGCACAUGUUAUAAUUGGAUAUUUUUAUAUGAAUAUAAUAAAAAUUGGUGAACUAGACAAAGCCAGCAACUUAAACUUAUUGUUAAAUUGUGAGAAUUUGUAUCUUUGCUACAAAUAGCAAGUGCACAUUUCAGAGGUCAUUUUGCAUAAGGUUUGCUAAUCUCCAGCUGAUUGGUGAUAAAACCCACCCUAAAAAACCUUUUUUUUUUAAAGCUCCAAAACUGUUAUUUGCUCUUGAUACUAAGAAUAAGUUUGUUUUUUGAGCAUUUUUUGUUGUUGUAAUUUUGUAAGUUUUAUAACUUAUUUGUACAUUUUAAAAUAGUUUCCUGGUAAAUGAAGCUUUAGCUUUAAUGACUUGUCUCUAUCAGCUUGCAAUAGGCUAUCAGACUGUAAUACUUGCAUCAAACAUGUCGAUGUAGCCUUUGAUUGCCGAUGGUGCAACACUAUUGGAAGAUGUUCUGAUGGGCUUGACUGGUAUCGCCAGCACUGGGACAAGGAAGGAUGCCAAUUAUCGGUAUGUAACUAUGUUUUGGUUUUGCUCCAGAAUCCCAGGUGCAUGAAAUUGUGUAUAUAAUCUUAGUUGUGGAAUGGCCAGACUAUUGUGAAAUUGAUUCUGUGCACUUAGAAGCUGCAUGAAACCUGUACUUGUUGAUUAGCGUUGUUGUCACAAGCCUUGACUGUUACAUGGAUUUGAUAAAGUUGUUUAGGAAAGAAAUAAUUGUGUACAUGCCAUAUCUUAAAAUAUUAACAUAUUAUUAUAACUGUAACUGUAAAUAAUAAUGGGAUUUUUAUGAGAAAUUUUAAAAUUUUCUUUGUUUAUUUUUAAAGUUCAAAAUAAGCAUCUUCUUUCGAUCUAUUAUUCUUGUUAAAAGAAAAGGUUAAAAAUGUAGAAAUGUUAAUGUCUUAAUUAACAGAUAAAAAGGAUGUUAAAACACUAUUAAAAUUGCCUUAAUGCUAAUUAUUUACAAUGAUGUAUUUAGAAUAUGAUAGAAUGUGGGGUUGGUGAAAGACUAACUCUCUGUUCAGAUACUAACCUUAGUAACUCAAUUGGAUGUUUACACUUACACAUUACUUCUCGAUUUUAAAUGUAUAGAUUAUUUUCUUCUCCUUUCUACGAUUUUAUACAAAAACAUAAACCUUUUAAUUUUUCAAAAUGUCUGAAUAUUUUGAACAUUUAUUGCGAAAGAGUUUAGUUUUUUUCUUAUGUAUGGUACACACAUUUCAAAACACAAAGCUAAGUUCAGCUGUUGUGGCAAGUCAUUCUUUCCUUGUAGAGAGCCUGUGUAGUGAAAUCCAAGCAUCAGACAGCUCUUCAGUUUUAAAAUUCAAUAUGUGCCAGCUCUGAUCCAUAUUUAAUUUUUUAAAGGGGUGCUGUCGAGGUUAUUACUCAAUACCUAUCUGCAUAAAAGACAGAUCAGUCUCAACUAAAAAUUACAUGUUUAAAAAUCAUUUUUUUUUAAAGUUCAUGAUUUCAUAAUAUUGCACUGCUAGUCUUAGAUGUUUUAAGUAAGCUAUUAUUAAAAAAUUGAAUUCAUUUAAAUCUUUUGUUGAAAACAUCUUCUUAGAAAAAGCCAUUGAUUCUUGUCAGUUUGACUGACAGAGCUAACUUUUUGCACUUGCAUGCUGCUAACAUGUACCUGAACUUUGUGUUUAUACAAUGUUCUAGAGUUUGUCUGCAACACAACAAUGUACUGAGAUUGCACCAACUACCCUCAUGACACUGUCAUCAACCAAUGAACCUAGCACAAAUACUCCAACCACUGUUGAUACCUUGAAUUCUGAACGAUCUAAAGAGAUGAAUGAUUGUGGUGUAAGUGUCCAGGGCAGUUUUCGCUCUAUUUAACCAUGCUAACCACAGAAACUCUCCUGAUAUUAAUCCUUUUCAUUAUUUUGGCUGUUAAAAUUAUUCAUGCCACGUUCCAUUAUUUUUUGUGCAUUAUUUUUUGUGCGUUGGGAAAAUUCACGUCUGAAUGUCAAAAACUCAACAAUGAUUAAGGAAAUUUUUUUUUUUUUUUUUUUUUUUUUUUUAAAAAAAAAAAUUUUUUUUUUUAUUUAAAUUUUUUUUUUUUUUUUUUUUUUAUUUUUUUUUUUUUUUUUUUUUUUUUUUUAAGUUUUUAAUUUUUAUAUUCAACUUAUCUUGUUUUUUUUUUUUUUUUCCAAGUAAUUUGUGUAUUCAACUUUUGCUUAGAUUGUUUUUUUUUCCUGACUUGAUGAAGUUGGUAGAUUUGCUAAGCCCAUUUACUCACCCUAGAUCAUUUCUUGUCCAUUUGAGAUCAGUCUGGUAAUGAUUCAUAAUUAAAACCUUUGAACUUCAUGAAGACUCUCUCUCUCUCUCUCGCUCUCCCUCCUUCCUUCCCUCCCUCUCUCUCUCUCUCCCUCCCUCCUUCCUUCCCUCCCUCUCUCUCCUCUCUCCCUCCCUCUCUGCUUCUCCACCUCUCUCUCUCUCUCUCCCUCUCCCUCUCUCUCUCUCUCCCUCUCUCUCUCUCUCUCUCUCUCUCUCUUCUCCCCACAGUUAUCUUUUACACUCUCUCUCUCUCGCUCUCCCCCCCUCCUCCCCUCCCUCUCUCUCUCUCUCCCCCCCUCCUCCCUCCCCUCCCUCUCUCUCCUCUCUCCCUCCCUCUCUGCUUCUCCACCUCUCUCUCUCUCUCUCCCUCUCCCUCUCUCUCUCUCUCCCUCUCUCUCUCUCUCUCUCUCUCUCUCAACUGCCCAAAGUUAUCUUUUACAACAGGUUUAGGAUAUAAGAGUUUAAAAAUUUUAAAGGCAAAGUUACAUUUGUAUCAUUUGUUUGUAAUGUGUUUGCUGGAAUUAACUUGAGAAUCUGUCUUGAUGAAUGCAUUAAUGUCUGUCGCAUAUUAUUAUCAUUUCAUUACCUUUUCCACAGCUGUAUCAUUCGGCUUAUUUUCUUAAAAAAUAACUUAAUUUUCUUUUUUUUACAAUAGGGUGGGUGAUAUUACAAAUCAAUACUCCUUAUAUUUUUAAAUGUACGGAAGAAAAAUCUAUAUUCUCAGCCCUCCUUGUCUCAAUAAAAUUGUUUUAUAAUAAAUAAUCUGUAAAUAAUUUAUUUCUAUAAUAGGCAGCUCCCAGUAGAUGAUGUAAAAACAGGUUUAAUAUUUUUUUUGCAGCAGAAUUUUCAGAAUGUUUUUGUCAGCAGAUCAAUAUAAGUAGUCAAGUUGUUUUUUGGGGGGGAGCUUUGUCAAAACUUAUGAGCGAUAUAAAAAAUGACUUGGACCUCAAAUGGUGCAGUAUAUAAUGUUGAUGGAAAGUAGACUACUGCCAAAAGUAAGACUUUGAAGACCAUAGUUUUUAUAACAAUUUAAUUAUUGCAUAACUCAAGCUGACACAUUUAUUAAGAUCCUUCUUAAUGCUGAGUGAUGUUAUUGCUAGCACGGUUUUCAUUCAUGUUUAAAGUAGUAUUGGAAUUUUUUAAAAGUAGAAGAAAAAAAAGGCUUUUUUUUUUAUUUUACAAAACAUAUUCUGACCAUAUGUUAAGACCUUCAGUGAUCUAAUACAAAAAGCUAUCAACUAUCCAGGGGGUAAUUUUCUGGAUGCCAUCAAGCAAAUGUAUAUGGACAAAAAUAUAAAGGAUUGUGAACAAAUUUGACAUUGAAAAAUAGAUGGUCACAAAUUUACCUUCAAGAACCAGGCAUAAGCAACUGUGUAACAUUGCCUGCAUUGAAAAUUAGCAUCAUUGAAUAGGGGCAGAAUAGAGAUUCAGGUGAUGGGGAAAGAGGAAAGCAAAGUAAUCAUAGGACCAUGCUUUCUGUUUAAACCUUGUAGUUAAUAAAUUAUUAACACUUGGGAUAUCAUGGUUAUAAAAAAAAAAUAAUUAAUUUAUUCUCAGAAGCAAACAAAUAUUAUUACAGAUAUUUGAAUGAAAACUUCAGAUGUACAGAUAUGAAGACAAGAUUAUAUUUAAAUAUUCUGUUGGAAUGAUGGCUUGAUGCCUAUCUAAAGCGUAAUGAAAUCAUAUUAUAUAUUUUUUUAAUUUGUGCCAUACAUUGAUUUUCUGGUCACAGUAAAGAAUUCAUUCAUACAUCUAAUGUGUGUCUAUUUUAGAAUUUAUUCAUACAUGUGUAUCCAUUUAAGAAUCCAUUCGUACAUGUGUCUUUUUAAGAAUUCAUUCAUACUUGUAUGUCUAUUUAAUAAUUCAUUCAUACAUGUGUGUCUAUUUAAGAAUAUAUUCAUACAUGUGUGGCUUUUUAAGAGUUACAAAUAAAUCAGUAACACGUGGGUAGCCUCUCUGUAAGCCCAGAUAAUAGAGUAUACUUUAUCACAUUUUGAAAAUCAUUCUAUGUCACUAAUGUUUCCAUAUCUCCUUAGUACAGAUAAGCUACAGAACUGGAGUAUAAUUAAGAAUGUUGGAAUAUUCCAUUAUGUUGCAUUUAACCAUCAAUUAAUGUUAGUUGAUUCUGUCCCUCUAAUUGAUUCUGUCCCUCCUGUAGUACUUUGAUAUAUUUAUUAUAGCACACAAAUGCUUCGGAGAUAUGCUCAUCUCUCCCCCCACCUACGAAGCCUAUAACAGACCCUCUGAACCCCAGUUCACAGGACAUCAGUCCACAGAAUCCCAGUACACAGAAGAUUCGUCCUCAGAAUUCUAGCUCACAGAGCCCUAGUUCACAGAACCCUGUUUCUCAGAGCCCCAACUCUAAGAAUCUAAGUUCUCAAAAUGAUUGUAAUGUAAGUAUCUUACUAGGUGCACACAGCAUGCAGCUUUGCUCCCCAUUCCAUCUUAGAUACCAUAAUUUUGCAUGCCUGUUUUAUCAUCAAUUUUACAUUUCUUUUUUAUAACCUGGUGAGGAUUUUUAUAGCUUUUAACCCAGAAAGCGCCUUCAUUUACAGCAUGGAAAGUGACGUCAAACAAGGAUAGCUCAAUAUAACAAUUGUCAUGAAUGUAGCAAGAAUUUUAUAAGCACUAUAAACUUGAUUAUUCCUCCAAUAUUAAUUACUAUUUGGAGGCAGUAAAGUAACAAUGCAUGCCUUUCAUGCAGGAAAGGGGGAUGAAUCUAAGCUUCUUGGCAUGUGUAUAAUUACUUAUGUGGUGUGGAAAAUGGCCUUUAACCAAUUCAUAGGCAAAUGUUAAUAAAUAGGAACAUUUUGAAAAUAACUUUUGGAAUGGACUUUUUAUUGUUUAAAUUAACUGAUGGCUUGAACAGCAUUGAGAACAUAACAUGGCUUGAACAGGACUAGAAUCCCCAGCUAUAAAUGAAACUUUGUGUUGUAGAUGCUGAAGACACCUUGAGGAUAAUGCCCCAUUAAAAAAACAACAUAAUUUUGCAGUUGUAAAGCUUUUGAUGAAUUUUAUGGAAUUUUGGUGCAGAGAAAAUGGAAACUGAAUAUUUUUUGGAUCAUUGACUAUUAGUAAGGAAAUAUUGGACAACAAAGUCAUUAUUCUGUGUUCUGUAUUGACUUUAAACAUUAUGGUCACCCUCACAACAUUAUGGUCAUCCUCACACAAUUCCAAGAAAUUAUUAGUUCCAGCAUUGAAAAUUCCAGCAUCUUGAAUAAUUAUAUUAUAAGAAUAAGAGCCCCAAGUAGAUAUGGUGUCUCUUUCAAAUUACACUCUGAGGCAUUUGCUUAUGGAGAUGAUAUGUCAAAGAAAUUUUCCUAAAUCACUUACAAGAGUGAAGUUUUUUCUUUCUUGCAAGUUAAUCAAUGUAAACGCAUUUCUGACGUUACCGAUCUAAUUUGUUAUGAGAGAGAAUUUAAAAAAUACAACUCACAAAGGAUUUCUCCUUAAUAAACUUCUGACCAAAAUAAGCACUGCAUAAAUUUGAUUGAUUGACAUUUACAUUGUUGAAAUGAGUAGGGAUGUAACUUGCACUAUCGCAGGUGCUCAUACUCGACCUUUUUUGAGGAAAAAGACAGUAAAUGCUUAUUUAUUAUAAUAUAUGAAAACUGAAUUGACAUUUUAAAUAUCUGUUUUGUAUUUCUUAUAUCCCAGUAAAAUAUUUAACAAUUUUCAGUGGUUCAUGAAGCAUACAUAUAAUAAUAACAGGGACAUGUAAACAAUUUUGUGGAAACACAUUUUAGAUGAUAUGCACAUAAUUAAUAUAUUUUUAUUAGCCUUCCCAGGAGAGUGUUGAGCCUAAAACAGAAUGUUUGCCUAUGUUUUUUGUUUCAAAGUGAUCAUCUCUCUUUUAGGACUUUAUGACUACUUAUUUGUAUGCAUGUUAACAUAUUAAGCCAUUUGUAUACUUUUGUGCUGGCCAGUGAUGACAAACUGUUUUAUUGUAGAACUGAACUAGUCAAUCUGAAUCAGUUUGAUCAAUCUUGAUAUUUUCAUGAAUGUAUGCAGUGUUUAAAAUGAUAUAUUCUUUGUCCAUUAGUUGUUUUGAUUAAACCCACUUUCUCUGUUAUUUUUGUAUAGCCUUUAAAGUCAUAGAUAUUUAUUCUUGACAAGCUGGGAACGUUUCCUGAAUAUUGUAUGAAUCUUUAUUACUUUUAUCUAAAAAUGAGCAAUUUGGUAAUUUUAUCUGUAAACAUGAGAUGCAUGUUUUUAUUGAUACUUUUUAUUUCAAAGCUUAUCAUUCCAGCAUUUUUUGUAAUGAGGUAGGACUAUACUGAGUAGGGCAAUAUUUGUGUUCUCAGAACAUGGUAAUUUAUAUAUUAUGUUUCUUAAAGAAGGUUCUCUGUUAUAGAAUAGUUCAUAUCAUUUGAACACAAUUACAUGUGUCUCUUAGGUGUAUGAACCAAUAUUUUUGAAUGACGUACAUUUUUUUACAUUACAUUGUUACUAAGGUUUUCUGUGUUCUCUUCUUUGAACCGACACAAUUAUCACAACCUGAAUGAGGAUUACAGCCUGAAUCUUCAGGUAUAUAAUAUAUAAAUACAUAUUUGGCCUCUAUUUUGUGUGUUUUAUUAUAGCACACUAAAGAUUCUAGUGACUGCGCUUCCCUUCCUCCCCCACGGAAACCAAUAAAAGACCCCCUGAAAGGUGUUGAAACCAAAAACCCUUGCGAGGUAAGUACGGAUGCAUUCUUGAUGCAUGCACAGAGCAGCUAGAUACAUUUCUCAUUCAAGUUUCACUGUGUUUAUUGCUAUAAAAGCAAUUUUUUCACUUGAUGUUUUGAUAAAUGGAUCCACUUUCAUUACUUGACCUUUGAGUUCAUUUGUAUUUAUAAUUUUUAAUAAAAGAAUGUUGCUGCAUGCUUUACAAGUGGAAGAAAAAUGCUUCCAUAUGUUUGGAUAAUGUUAUGACAAUGAAGAUUCACACAUUUGGUGUAAGACUCAGAAGGUUAGUUUGUAUUUUACAUGGCUCCGGCACUGGAUUGCAUUGUGCAUCCAAUUGUCCAGAGAUCAUUUUUUGAAUGUUAUAAAUAACUUCAAACGUAUCAUAAAAGUCAUAAUUUAAAUUUAUCAUAUAAAAAAACCAUUCAAAAAUUACUUAUUUAAUUUGUAAAUCCUUUGAGACAAAACUAUGCGCAUGUUAGAGGCAAAACAAUUGGCAUGUUAGAGGCAAAACAAUGGGCAUGUUAGCCUUUUUAUACAGUGUAUUCUCUAAUAAUAAUAAUAAUAAUAAAGUUCAUUUCAAAAACACGCUUCAUCCCCAAAGGCUCGAAGCGUGGUACAAAGGCAACAAAAAAAUCUAUAAUUUACCACAUUUAAAACAAACGCAACACUACAAAAACUAAGUACAAGCAUACAAUGGCAAAGUCUUUCUAGCCAUUUCAACCAUAAGCAACACAGCCAUUAUGCAUUAACUGGAAAAUAAGGUUGACAAUCAUCCCAGAAGGUGUUUGCGAAAUAGAUGUGUCUUUAAAUCGGUUUUAAAGGACUCCAGUGUCUGGUUGUUUCUGAGAUCGACAGGAAGGGCAUUCCAAAUUGGUACUUAUCCUUGUCUUUUUCCAUAAAAUUUAUUUUUGUUUCGUGUAUCCAGUUUUAUUGACGUAAAUUUAUUUUCUUGAAAAAUAUUGAUCAUUAAGGAAUGAGUGAAAUAUUUGCAUAUAAGUUCUAUGUCAAUUAUACAAUAUUCUCUUGGUGAUCUUCACAUUGUUGCUUAUUCCUUGUCUCACUGUUGUCACACCAGAAAAUCAUUUGUUUUGCAUGAUAUAAAAUUCUCCACUAUUUUUGAUAAUUUACUUCUAUGAGUUACUGGUACAUAAUUUUAUUAAUAGUAUAAAGGAUGUUCUACACAUAGUGUAGAGGAUGUUCUGCACAUAGUAUUUGUGUUGUAAAAAAAAAAAACACUUUUGUGUGUGUUGCUUUACCAUGAAUAUAUAAAUGACUUGCUUAUAUUUUAACAUGUUUACCAUAAUGAAUGUUUGUCAUAAAAUUAAAGACACUUAGCUUGUUUCAUAUUAGUAACCUUUUUUUUUUUUUUAAUCUACCUCAAGACUUGUAAAAAAAAUUACUAAUUUUUUUAUUUAAUAAAUGACUUGUUUAUAUUUUAACAUGUUUACCAUAAUGAAUGUUUGUCAUAAAAUUAAAGACACUUAGCUUGUUUCAUAUUAGUAACCUUUUUUUUUUUUUUAAUCUACCUCAAGACUUGUAAAAAAAAUUACUAAUGUAUUUAAUUAUGUAUGUAUUACCUACAUCACCUUCUUUAUUAGAAGCAACUGCCUGCGAGUUGCCAUACUUCUAUUAUUCCCAUUUAAUCAUCCUAUUUGCUUGCUUUUCUGACUUGGUGGGUUAAGAUUUAACUAACAGAUUUCAAACUUACUAACUGAAUGUUAACAUUUGCUUUAUAUAUCAUUUUUUUUUUUUUUGAAAAGAGAGGAAAAGAAUAGUGUAUGAUAAAAAAAAUUAAUAAUGCUGAUCUCUGUGUAGUACAUACCAUUUAGAUAUGAAUUUCACAUUUUUCAAUGCUUUAUUUAUUAUCAGUGACUUGUAUAUUAGUAUUAUUUGAAGUACUCAUUUAAAAAACGGAGUAUUGGGAUUGUUCAAAUAAAUGUGAACAUGUACAGACCUUCAUGAAGUUAAAAGCAACCUAGUGAUAUUCAAAAUGUUCAUACGUACAAUCUACCUAUGACCAUCAUUGGCUGCAAAUAAUUUUUUGGGGGAUGAAAUUUCUUUUCAGAAUGGGAAGUGCAACAAAAAGAGUGAGUUCCCUGUGGCUGUGGUGGUAGUUGUAGUUCUGAUUGUCUGUGGACUGCUUGGAUCUGUCGGAGGAUGGCUCUAUUAUGCUUACACCCAUCCCACUUCCAAGUCAGGCAUGUGGUUAAUGGAGGUUAGUUUCAAUUUCAAUAUUUCGAACAAUUUUUUUCAAUAUGGGGUGUGUAUGCCCCACAAGGAGGUCAUUAAACAUUUAAUGUGCUCAUGUGGGGUGUGGGGCAAAAAAAAGUUGGGAACAUUACUUUAUCAUUAAUAUUUUUUUCUCCAACGAACUCUAUCUCUAAGUGCAAUUUAAUGUGUCUUAUGUAAGAUUAAACAGUUUGAUAUCCUACAGUUAGAUGGAGGCAAAGCUUAUAAAAAUAACGGAUGGCUUGAUGCAAAUCUCUGUAUUCAUCUGUUUGUUUCCAGCACCGCCCAAGUCAGAUCAAGGCCAAUAUCAAAUUCUGGAAGAACAACUCAGAUGCUGGCACGAAGUACAAGGUUGAGAGUGAAACUUAAUGAUUGUUUGGCGUAUCACCGAUUUAUUGCUGCUUUGGGGAAAAAAAGAAACUUCACUACACGUGGUUUCAUUUAAAUUUUAACGUUAAUCUUUUUCCUUACAGUUCAUUGAUAAGUAUCUACAACGUUCUGAAUUUUAAAAAUAAAACAAAGGCAAAUAUUUUUUCACAUUUUUUUUUAUCACACUACUCUAUUGUAAUGUAUUUUGAAAAUAUUUUAAAUGUAUCACUAUGCAAUUUAAAAAAAAUAAUUUUUUUUAGAUUUUCAUUGAGUAGAUAAAAUGAUACGACAGAUAAUUCCAUUCAAAAAUACCAAAUUGGAUGAGUCUGUAUAUGUUGAUUUAAAAGCUACACUGAUCUUAUUUUAACAGAUUUAUUAAUGGUUUUGAAUGCCAGGAACAUUUUUUCAAUUAAAGUUGGUUUGUUUUAUUCCCCUAAGCAGUGUCAACUUUAUACUCUGUUAUCAUCGAUGUUUCUGUUGUUAGCCAAAGGGAAUUGUGGGAAGCUUCAUUCUAUGCUAUUGUGAUACAGAUAACUCUUUUUCUAAAUAGACAUUUGCCAUGAGAGUUAAUCAUUUUUCUCAAACCCCUUUUAUAUAAUUUUAAUAAUCUAAGAUAUCAUUUGUGUGCUGUAUGUUAUUUUAAAAACUAUUCAUUGUUCACAGUUGCAAAUAUAUUUGUUUUCUGUUACCUAAAAUUUUAAUCUUCAAAUUUUUAAAUAUAUUUUAUUUUAUAAGUUUAAAAUCAAAAUGCACAUGUUUAUAUUUAUAUUUUUCUUUCACAUGCUAGUUUUAUUUUGUUAACAUUACAUUGUGAAUUCAUUCAAAUGAUAGCAUAUGGAACCGCGAGCUUGUUUUCAUCACUGUGAUGUUACAAUCAGAUUGUUCCAGAAAGGUAGCAUAUGAGGUGUUGAGUGGUUAGGAGUUUGGUAGUGAGAGAUUUUUGUCUCUUACCAGAGAGGUUUGAAAUUUUGUAUAAAAAUAUCUUAAAUAUAUUUUUUUUAUUCAAUUCUUUUAUUAUUUUUUUACUUAUGUUUAUUUUUCAAUUUUUUUUUUUUAAAUUUUUUGGUUAAAUAGAGAGACUGAAAUAUUUCAGUUUUUUUCCCAAGCUAUAUAAAGAAAAACAACUGGCUUAGUAUUUCAGGUAUAUGGAACAAGAAAAUGUUUGAAGUAUUUCCUUUAUUUGUGGGAGGCUACUUUAAAACUCGGACCAUGUUGUAACAUUAGUAAAGUACUAAAGUAUUGAAUCUCUUUUCUAUAAACAAGUGAAAAUUUUACUCACAAAUACAUAUCUCAAUUUUUUUUUUCUCUGUUUUAAUUAAUUUUUAUAAUGAACAAACAUUUUCAUACAAAAUGUCCACUCCUCAUGUUUGUAGCAACUAAUCAAAAUUUUUUUAACUGAACUGAUAUUAAGAAGAUAAAUCGCAUAUGAUAAGUGCAUGCCGUGUCUGCAUGCCAGCACACAUGUCAGUGGCAUGCCUGAAUUUCUCCAACAUCAUCUCGUAAUUCAGCCAUCUCAUCUUUGUUUCUUUGUUUUUAGAAGCAUAAGGAUGAAUAGCCCAAAUAAUAAUCAUGGCGUGCUGCUAUCAAUCUUAUACAGUCUUUCACUUUUUAUAGCAAAUUUCAUUUGCAGAUUUCUAUUUUUAAUAACAUGGCAGUGUUUUACAGGAAAGUGAUUGUUUGAGACUUGCAUUCGUUCAAUAUGUAUCUGCAGCUAUGACUGGCAUUGUCUGAACCCUUUCCUGUAUUUGUCAGUUGGUUGUAUUACAAGUUUUCUAAAGUAGAGUCAGUAAUUUCUACCAUGUUUACACACAUUCUAUAAAUUUGCCAUAUAUCUUUAAAAAAAAAAAAAAAAGCACAACUUUUCAACAAAUAAAGAAUCUCAUAAGAAAAUAUUAUUGAAAGCAUUUUCUGGCCUCAAUGUGCAUGCAUUACUUUGAAUGCUUUCACUUUUGUUUGAGUCUUCACUCUCCUCUCUGGCUUUACCUGUGCCAUAUGUCAUCACCUGUGUUGACUUUAACUUAUUGGCUUAUUCAGGCUGUGUGAUAAAAGUACGCAUUGGUUUGGGUUGUUGUAAGUCAAUAUUUACAAUGAAAUUUAUACUCUCAAAGAUCUGCUACUAUUCAUUACGUCCCUGUUAAUUCUUUUCAUGCAGUAAUGAAUUGUAAAUUUAUACAAUAUCAUAUCACUUGUAAAAUAUGAUUAUUUAAUUUUGGCUUAUAAUCAGUAAUAACAUUUGGACAUGUUUUAAGAAAUAUUUUAAUAGAUAUAAAAAAAUAAAACCUUGCAAAAUUUGAGUAGUUUAAACUAAAA